GGAGAGAAACUUUUCUCCAAGGAUCGCGCUCCUCCUCCCCACGCUCCUGACAUGCAGCCACUUCAGCGGCGCACUCUUUAAGCAAAAGCCGCUUCAUAAAGUCAUCCGCCGCGCUUCUCCUUCUUUUCUCCUUCUUCUCUUAAACCCACCGGGCCAAAGCCUUUCCCGCUCUUAGCGAAAUUCAAAGGAAUCAACAGCCGGGACCGAGGCGGGAUGGGGCGGUCCAGCUGAAGCUGCAAGCUCGAGAGAGGCUGAGUCUUUGAGCGGCAGUUUCCCCGGUGCCCCCACCACACUGAGCGAACGCGUGUCCCCGCUUUGGAGGCCAUGGGCUGCGGCUUGAGGAAACUGGAAGACCCGGAGGAUAGCAGCCCCGGGAAAAUCUACUCCACCUUGAAGAGACCGCAGGUGGAGACCAAAACAGACACCGUGUACGAGUAUGUGCUGCUGGACUUCAGUUUGGAAGGUAGCCGUCCGACAGUGCAGUAUGUGUCCUCACUGUCGGAGCUGCCUCAGGCCCUGCAGCCGUACUACACACAAGGCUACCUCCUGGCCGCCCUUCACCCCAUCAUCCUGUCUGUGGGUCGGACCCGCUCACUUCCCUUCAGCCUGCUCUACCGUGCCAUUCUGGCCCGUCCCAGACUCAGUAAGCAGACAGCGUCCAUGUGUCACAGCGUGCCAGUGCUGAGGGUGGAGGAGUGGCCUUUACCUGGAGACUCGCUGACGGGUGACACUGUCAGAGCACUCAUCGAUAGGGUGAACAGCAGUGCGCGAGGAGGCGUUCGAUUCAUUGGCUCUGUCCUCCAGCAGGUGAGUGGGAUCACCAAUGGCCGCGUGCACAGUCCAAAAAGGGGCUGUCGCUCCCCUCCACGUACACCUCCUGAAACACUGCCUGGAGACAGAGAGCUGGACGACAACACCUACAGUCCUGAUUUGAGGUUGCUCGUCUUCUUCCACUCAUGGGCUCCAGGCUGUGCUCCCCUGGACUCGUUGGCCUGUCAGUACCACCAGGGGGCGCUCUCCAUGCGUGUUUCCAGGAAGGGCCACGUGGUCAGUGCUCUGGAGGCUGAUUGGUUGGAGCUGACUGCGGCCUACUAUCGCAAAGGCUGGUCACUGGUGGACUCCUUUGUUUAUUGGGACACACCUAAAGGCGAGCCGGUGCCCAGAUCGCUGGAGGGAUUGUUCGUGUAUGAGGAGAGAAGCACGUCUCCUCCUGCCAAUGACACAAUUGUCGUCGAGCAGUGGACCGUCAUCGAGGACUCUAAUGUGAAAACUGACUACGGGCCCCUCCUCCACACUCUGGCUGAGUUUGGCUGGCUGCUCACGUGCGUGCUGCCCACACCCAUCAUCCGGCACGACAGUGAUGGGAAUCUGGCCACAAAGCAGGUUGUGUUUCUCCAGAGGCCAGUGAGAAGUCAGACAGCAGGACAACCGAGGAACCAGUCUGUGUCCAGUCACUCUGUGAGUCGGACAGUCAGCAGCUCUGUCCCUCCAGACAACCUCUCUCUGGCUGCAGGAGGCAUCGGGGGCUUCCCGGUGUUCGGAGGAGGGUACCCCAGCUCCCUGUCACACAUGGAGGAAGGUGGCUUUGAGCAGGAGGAGGGGAAAGCCGAGGUCACCUGUAUGUAAGAAGGUGGAAAUACCCAAGCAAAGAGACGUGAACUACAGAAGGUCCAGACUAUUGGCCGUCUGACGAGUGUCCUUUUAACAGACUUUAACGUAGAGGAACUCUGCACUUUUAAACUGUUUCUAAUGAAGCCAUAAUGAAAACACGGUUUAGAUGUUCAUCACUGUGCACACAUUUACAGUCAUUUAUUGAUCCGGUGCUCAUGGGAGAGUGUUUCAGUAUUAUAAAUCACAGGAAAUAUGGAAAUGUUGUUGUGGGAAUAUGAAGGAGAGGGACUCUACUUUCUUCUUGCAGUCUGGAUUUUUUACUACUUCACAGCUCAGAAACACAUUAAAGCACCUUUUUAUCACCAGCAGUGCUGAGAAACUACAAUUUACUUCACACGUGAUGUAAUGGGAUUACAGCAGAACAAGUCUAGAGGAAGAAAUCUAAACUUAGCACAGAAAGUCAGGAAAUUUGUGUUUGUUGAUUAUUUGCUUGUAACAAUGCUUCUUGGCAAUAAACCUUAUACUGUUGGAAAGCCUGUUGCAUUUGUGUGUUGAGCAGCAGAGUUGAGUAUGUGGCAUUGGCAGACUCAACUCUGCUGCUCAACCAGGAAGCAUUGUUACACAGUAAUAAAUGUAUUCCAGAAUUAUGUUAACAUAAAAAUAACAACAAAAGUAGCACAUUACAAUCUGAGACAGUGACUAAUGACUCACGUUUGGCUCGACAGGAACCCCACAGAGAAACAGCACAACUCCACAUGGUGACUUUAGCUUAAUGCUUCUAAAAUCUGGGACUUUUUCACAGGCAGCGGAUGGAGCCGCUCACUGUGUCUGUCAUCGUCUUUUGAGGUCGGUGUGGUGUCAGUGCGUCAAGGAUCAGUGGCUCUCAUAAAUGAAGCUUUAUAUCAUGUAUGACGGCGCUUCGAUCCGAGUUUUGGGACCCUAAAUUUGAUUGGUUCCCAGAUAACUGGUUUCAAGACUCAGCUGUGCAUGAACUCUGCCGCUGUAUGUAAUUGACUCCCAGUCAGAAAACCAGCAAAAUACAGUUUUGCGUCUUGACUCUGAGCUCUUCAUCCUCUGUAAAUAUGCUACACGUAAAAAUUGACAGGGAGCCCUGAGGAGGAGGAGGCAGGGUUGUGGAGAUGUUGAACUAGCAGGGCAGAAGUGCUGACAUAUGAGAGGGAGAGGUGGGAAAUUUGGAGUUUAAACGGAAUUGGGAGGGUGUGUUUGGUAUGUGGCGUGAGGAAAGUGAAGGAUGUUGUGUGUACGACACAGGGCAGCUGGAGUCGCAUGCCUGAGCCAGCAGGCCAGCAUCACUCCACUUGUGUAGCUCACACGUCGUGAUGAAGGCUCUGUGCUGAAACCAUGCACUGUGUAAAUGAUGGGUGUAGCUUGUUUUGGCUGAAAAGUGAAGCCAACACAGAAGUGCCUUCAACCUGCACUCUUUAAUGAUACCUGUGGUUGUAUGAAGACUUCCAGUCCUAUACAAGUCUAUGGGGAAACAGCACCCUGCCAGGACCUCUGUGAACGCGUUCCUGAUGAAUUCAUAGGAUCAGUGACUUGUUUGGGAUCAUACUGAAUAAAACACUGAGUUCAUGUUGGUCAUUCCAAGUGUCAGACAGGAGGGUUAUACAGGACUGAUAAAUUGUGAUUGAGAAGUUGUGCGUCUGUGUCAGAUCCACUCCUCACUCAUUACAUCCCCCAACACAAUGAUGAAGAGACGCUCACCUCAAGGCUUCAUAAAGGCUUCACAAACCAGUGGGUGGAGUCAUGGUGGCCUCAUCCAUCUUUUAAUACAUUUUUUUGGAAUACAUUUAUCUGAUUUUUAGCACUCCAUCAAAGUUUUUACCAUCGGAGCCUGAGCUCAGUCACCAUACAGACAUGCAGUUAAACUACAUGUAGCCCACUGCUCUUCAGUACUUGCUCUGAGGUAACUUGAAUGUUUGCCACACUGACACUGCUGUGUGAUGAGAGCCAGGUGCGUGAAAUAGGAUAUUUGUACAGGUAACCAGAUUUCUUUGAGAUGUUACAGUGUUUUAUGUUUUAGCUGUCAGCUCAUCAUGUUUCAAAGUAUUAUUUUCUUCCGUCACUUUAAAGGUACUGAUAAUAUUCCUGCUGCUUUCCAAACAAUUCAAAAGCAUUCUGUGAUGUGAGCUCUAUCUGCUGCAGUAUUACAGACGUCCUAAACAGGUGGAGUGCUCUUUUUAUGCUGUUGUGUAUACACACUGCUCUAAAAGAAUUAAAGGAACACUUUGAAAUCACGCUCAAUGGGAAAAAAAAAAAUCAUGUUGGAUAUCUACACUGAUAUGGACUGGAUAACGUGUUAGGAAUGAAAGGAUGCCACAUUGUUUGAUAGAAAGAAAAAUUAUCAACCCACAGAGGCUGAAGUAUAUCAUAUCCUCAUCACGAAGCCGGGCACUUUGGCACGCAGCCCGGAGCAGCCAGCAAUUGAACCACCAACCGUCUGAUUGGUAGAUGACCUGCUCUACCUCCUGAGCCACAGCCACCCUGGUGGCUUCUGGGAGGAACCCAGCACCCACUGCACCAGCGUAGGGUCUGACAGUGCAUCCAAGGAUUUCAUCCCGAUGCGGUUGCCUAGCCUGGAGAGGUCCAUGGAUACACUUCCCCAGAGCAUCACUGACCCACCACCAAACCAGUCAUGCUGAACGAUGUUACAGGCAGCGUAGCAUUCUCCAGACCCUUUCGUGGCUGUAACGUGUUCAUCUGUGAAGCACAUAGGGUACCAGUGGUGGACCUACCAAUUCUGGUAUUCUAUGGCAGAUGCAAACCAGGCUUCACAGGGGCCCACUAGAGGACGCGAGGCCCUCAGGCCGCCCUGUUUCUGAUUGUUUGGUCAGAGGCAUUCACACCAGUGGCUCUGGCAGCACUCAACCUGUUUCUCCUGUCUCAUUGUUGCUCCCCUAGUGCAACUGUUGUUAACAUCAUUAACUGAAGCUGAUUAACAACCCCCUCUGCUACUUAACUGACCACAUCAGUGUCCCAGAAUCUUAACUGACUUGAUGCUGUACUGAUUGAGAAAUGUUCCUUUAUUUUUUGGAGCAGCAUAUAUUAGAUGUUAGUGUGUUUGUAAGGGCCUCAUUUAUAAGGUCCUGAGAUUAAAUUGUAUCUCAUGUAAGUGUAACUUGAGCAGAAAACUGUACAAAGCUGAACUUUGAAAUGGAAGUGAUCAUAUCUCCUGUUGGUCAUAUAGGAGUAAUGCAGUUUGCAAUGUGUGGUGAAAACUUAGGAGUUUAAUGCAACACACAGAUGAAUUAAUAACGGGGUGCAAUGUUCAAUGAAUAGUGUCAAAAUUAGAAAACCAAUUUUAGAAGGGAAAAUUUUCAGAGGAUGAAUUUUGUAGUGCACGAUGAUGUCGUCUGCCAGAAAGUUAGAUUUUCCCUUUUUUUGGCCAUUCCUGUCUAAACUGUUUGUGCUGGGAUUAUAUAAAGGGAAAUUAGUCUAAUAGGAUACAAAUGGGACACUAAAAAAACAAAACAAUCAAAGUAAGGUUUGUUAUGCUCAACUAUAAAAUGCCCAUAUGCAUCAGGAAUCAUUUUCAAGUGGACCCGUUCUCAUUUCCAGCACCGCAUUUUAUCUUGGACUCGUUAGAAUAGAAUUGCAUGAUUCACACUUCAAAAUAACCUUCAUCUUAUUAGUGCUGUCCUUCAGAUCAGCCUGUCUGAAGCCAUUUUUAGCUCACUUCAAACCAACUUUGUUCUGAUUGGCUGCCCUUCAUUAAGAUUUAAAUAUCGGGUGGGUGGGGCUUAUGCACUGAUUGCCUGAAUUGACAUUUGUUAAAGCCUACAGUAGAAAAAAAAAAAGGGGAUAACGUUGGCUUUAUUAGCUUCCAGCACUGGGACAGUAUGACGGCAAAUAAGGAAAGGCAGAGUCGGUCCCCUUUAACGUGAACGUUCAGGUUAAUCUAAUAACAUUGUUAUAAAUGUGGUGCCUGGCUUUGGUCUGAGUGGAACAUGGUAUUUAAUGUGUAAACUAAAUGUCAGUAUUAAGAUUCCAGUUUUUUCCUCUUUCAACAGUUGUACAUUUCCUUUCCCAUUGGUGGUGUUUUUCUUAUUGUAUUAAACACUCAGUAUUUCUCA